UAAUAAAUGUAGUUUUCAAACAUAUUCUGUGCAAUAAAUAAAAGAUUUUAUUUGAUUUUCAUACAGUUUAUUAUUGGAUUUCAGUUGGGAGUAGAAGUCAUGAAUAGGUUUUUGUUGACAACAACCCUGGUAUAUGUGUUGAUACAUAUGACCGCCGGAGAGCACGGUGGAUAUGGUGGUGGCUAUGGAGACUAUGGUGGGGGAUAUGGAGGGGGCUAUGGAGGCUAUGAAGAAAAGAAAGUGAUUAAACCAGCCGUAGUUAAGCCACCGAUCAUCCCAUUUGUUAAGCCUGUGAUCACAUCAUAUCAAAAAUUCCCCUCUUAUGGCGGUUAUGGCGGUUAUGGCGGUUAUGGUGCACAUGGAUAUGGAGGAAAAGUGAUCCCGAUCACCAAACUGCACGACUACCAGCCCAAGUUUGACAUCACCCCGUUCAUCAAGUCCCACAGAGAUAUCAUUAUAAUUGGUGGCGGAAGUAGUGGAGGUGGAGGUGGCGGAGGUCACUAUUAUCAUGGUGGCGGCGGUUCACAAAUAGCGGAGGAGAGGGAGGUUAUGGAGGCACCGGUGGCUACGGUGGCACUGGAGGUUAUGGUGGAACGGGUGGCUACGGUGGCUAUGGAGGGUCAGGAGGAUAUGGCGGCUACGGAGGUGGUGGUGGUUAUGGGGGCUAUGGUGGAGAUGGAGGAUAUGGUGGAACUGGUGGUUAUGGUGGUCACGGGGGGUAUGGUGGAGAAGGCCAUGGCUAUGGAGGUGGAGGUGAAGGCUAUCACCGAUGAG